AUGGGUGUUGUGGAAGCUCUUAUAGAGCAAGUCUCUGUAAAGGCUGCACUCACCAUCCUCUUCGUCGCAUACUGGGUCUACUACAUUAUUUGCCGUAUCGAUGAGCACCGAAGAAUCAGACGUCUUGGUCACUAUGGGCCAUGCGUAAAAUCAUAUGCUCCCUGGGGUCUCGACAUCGUUGCCAAGUUCGUUGCGUCAACCAUGAAGCACCAAAAUCUGACAGGCUGGCGCGAUGGUAUGUUUGGUGCGAUGAAUUCCUGGACGGUCGAAGCCCGGCUCUUAGGUGUUCGACACAUCUUCACCGCCGACCCAGCCAACCUCAAAGCUAUCUUGGCAACGCAAUUUGGUGACUACGGCAAAGGGAUGCCGUUCCAUGCGGAAUGGAAGGACUUCCUCGGCGACAGUAUCUUCACUACCGAUGGUGCUUCGUGGCAUGCGAGUCGCCAACUUAUUAGGCCUCAGUUCACUCGAGAUCGAGUGAGUGACUUGCAUUGCUUCGAGGCCCACAUGCAGACGCUGUUCAAGGCUAUUGCGAAUAGAGGACCCCUUCAUGGGGAAGACCAGGCUAUUCCUACAGAGAAGUUGGAUGGUAAGGUUCUUGACAUCAGUGAUCUGUUCUUCCGCUAUACUCUCGAUGUGGCCACCGAGUUCCUCCUAGGAUGGGAUGUCAAGUCUUUGACUACACCAAAGCAAGAGUUUGCAGAAGCUUUCAAUGACGUCCAGCGGAUCCAGAACAUCAUCGCACGCACUGGAAAGCUCCGCCAUAUCAUGCCCAAGUACAAGUUCUGGCGCGGCCUCCGUACCGUAAACCACUUCAUCAACUUCUACAUCGAGCGCGCAUUGCGUCUGAGUCCUGAAGAGCUGAAUUCCAAGGCGAAAGAUGACCACGGCUACACUUUCCUCCACGCCCUCGCAGGUUUCACACGCGAUCGUAAGGUGCUCCGCGAUCAGAUCAUUGCCGUCCUCCUGGCGGGAAGGGAUACUACUGCUGCGACUCUCUCUUGGACCCUGUAUGAGCUUGGAAGGCACCCCAAAGCUGUCCAGAGGUUACGUGCUGAAAUCAUCUCCACGCUUGGCACUGAGCGGACGCCUACGUACGAAGAUCUCAAGAGUAUGAGUUAUCUCAAAGCUGUUCUCAACGAGACCCUUCGACUGUAUCCAGCUGUGCCAUUCAACGUCCGUCUAGCUCUCAAGGACACAACGCUCCCCCGAGGCGGUGGCCCAGAUGGCUCCGAGCCACUCCCAGUUCUCAAGGACUCGCCCGUUGCAUACUCAACUCUUGUGAUGCAGCGUCGAUCAGAUUUGUAUCCUCCUGUCAGCGACAUAUUCGCCGAUCCUCAAGUCUUUAGCCCAGAAAGAUGGGCACACUGGCACCCCAAGCCACAUGACUACAUCCCCUUCAACGCUGGGCCCAGAAUUUGUAUCGGUCAGCAGUUUGCAUUGACCGAAAUGAGUUACGUUCUCUGCCGCCUAUUCCAGAAGUACGAACAUGUGGAGAGUCAGAUGAAGGAUAUUGACGGUGGAGAGCCUCUCCUCAAGGCAGAUAUUGUUCUCUCGCCAGGCCAGGGAGUCAAAGUUGCCUUUUGGGAGGCUGAGAAGUAA